GGAUGUACUAAAUGUCAUACAAAAAGAAUUUAAAGCGAUUUGAUCAUUAGACAAGUUUCCAAUCAUGUCUGGCAUUCUGAAGGGCAGCCUUUCUUCCAAGGCACACAUUCUUACUUCAGACGUCUCGUCGCCUAUAAUAACUUAUGUCAUUACAUUGUAAACUACUAUCAUAUUGAAAGUCAAGAAUCUGCCCUCGUGUAUUGGCUCGUUACCAAUACGCAGACAGCUCCAUCAACUCUUCAUAAACAGGCUACUAGCGCGACGAAGCAUCUAUGGCUGAAGAGGAAGACUGCUAUUACCUCGUCUAUCAUGGGGCCAUCGCUAAAGGUGAUCCAGAUAUUUCAGGCAUCGGUGUCAUCGUAGCGUUUGUGUCAAGCGCUUACGUUACCUUUUUCACGGUCUUAGCAGCAUAUAUUGGUGGGCUUAUUGACGAUGAACUCCUUAACGAUGUUGAUCGCAGAAUUUUACGCAUCCGCCCAUUCAUCAAAGGGAAAAAUAAGACGCGCAUUCAGAACUGCAUCCGCCAUGUCAUCCUCGUCCUUAGUGACCAGCAGAUCGUCACAGGUAUAGCGAUCAUGGCUGCGGGAUUUUACGGGUUGCAGAGUAAGGAAAUUUCUGUCUACCAUUACCAGAUUGUUCUAUACUUGGCAUGGAUGUCUAGCAGCGUACACCUAUCUGCAAUCACGUUAUUGCACUCCUUUAUAAGCCAACACAGAGGGCUUCUUCUCUGGAGGGUUUCCGGGAUGGUCGUACUUAUGGUUAUGCUGGUUAUCGGCCUGGUCCCAACAAUCAGCAACGACUGGGGCAUCAUCUGGUGGAAAGGUAUGCUAGAGGGCAGGACAGGAUGGGCCAUUCCUGCAUAUUGCUUCUGGGGCAAUACGUGGGGAGACGGAAUAGGACCGGACGCGCCAAUAGGAUUCGUGAUUCUGAUAAGCGGUUACCUCUGGAAAUUCGGCGAACUGUCCAAGGCAACAUGCCGCGCAUGUCGUGUGUACAUCCAAGAUCCAGUGGAGAGAUGGUUAAUGGCAGCCAUUACAUGCCCAGCCAUGAAAGUCUGGCAUGGUAGGAACUCUCGAUUAUGGCUCUGGAUCUUUCGCAUCGUCCUUGCGUCAAUACUUCCAGUUCUAGCCGCGGUUGAGGUUGCUUCUUCAUUUGUCGCAUCUCUCUGGCUGUCUUUCACCAGCCUUGUAUAUGGCUCUAUACAAAUCUUCGUCCCUCGAUCACAGAUGCUCCCGCUAACUGGGCCAAGCGAAAAUAACUGGGGAUUUGGUCAGCUGGUACCUCUGAUCUUACUUCUACAGCCAUUGGGAGUUAUCUUUGAACAUGUUUGGUCUGAGGAAGAGAAUGGCUUACAUAUCGGACAUUCACGCGAGAGUACAAACAGCACCUCUAGCCAUUCUAGAGCAAUUCCGGCGCUUGCAAACAUUGGAGGCUCCAAGCCAAACCUUCUGGAACUCUUGGUCACAAAACAAACAGGUGACGACCCGGGGUCCAACAGACGCUUUCUAGAGGUCUGGGAUUUGCUUUACUCUAGUAAGCUAUUUGCAGCCAUGGUAUAUCUGGUACACCUUGCCAUAGCGAUUAUCUGCGCUAUGGUCUUCUAUGUCAACGUCUCCAAUACUGGCACUAUGCGCUCCGAUAAUUGGCAAUUAAUCUUGUUGUCGAUAGCGGCUCUCCUAGCUUUCAGCUUCAUAACAACUACCGUUUUGGCUCGGUUCAGUAUUACGGGAGCCCCCCCGACAGGGAACUUCCGAUCGUCCAUGCUGAUGAACCAUGCCUCAAACAUCCCCCAAGAACGUUUUGGACAUCAACCAAAGUCUGUCAGGCCAGAGGUGGGACCAUGAUUACAUAUACAUGGUUGAUUCAGUCACGAGUCUACGAUAUCGGGUCCGCCGGCAUCGUUGGUCUGAAAGAAGGGCUGGCAGUUUUAACAAAGAACCACACCUUUCAGUGCUUCAUCGAAUCAGCUUACAGAACCAUUGCUAGUUCAGUACCCAAAUUUGUAUAGGACAGAGUGAUACAAAAAUAAUCUCCACACUCCUAGGGAAAAGCGUUUUAAAUGCCGCCCUACUCUCUUCAACCUAUUGAGUUGGUGGUCAACUCUAAUUUGCAAUUUCAUAGCACCUAACCGAGCUAUUGAAUUGGCUGUCUUUGUCUAUAAAUAUCCCAUUUCCUCAUUGAUCCACAAUUGGGAUAAAUAACUACACGC